UGCCCCAUCAUUGUGUCAGUGGGAGGAAUAGUGUGCAGGCCCAUCAUUGGUAUCAGUGGGAGGAAUAGUGCCCCAUCAUUGGUGUCAGUGGGAGGAAUAGAGCCCCAUCAUUGGUGUCAGUGGAGGAAUAGUGCCCCAUCAUUGGUGUCAGUGGAGGAAUAGUGCCCCAUCAUUGGUGUCACAGUGGAAGGAAAAGUGCCCCA